GCUGUCUGAGCGCUCAGAGUUAAAGGAGGAAGCGGAGAGAGAGCAGCAGCUCAGCGGCAGCUCGUCUACUCGACUGAAGGAACCCAAACAAACUCUACCGACAGCAGACCACCAUCACCAGCUCAUCUCUACACUGCAGUUUUUAAACUCCUCUACUCGGAGCAAGCGACUUUUUGCAUCCUCAGAGGCGCCACUAACUCGCGUUGGUUCAGUUAAAGUAUAAGAAGAAACCACAGCCAGUGUAGUCCGAGAGAAUGGCAGACUCUGCUGCGGUGACGGCGGCGGCGGCGGGCAACAACAGCGACGGAGAGGACGGACCCAGCGAGCCCAUGCGGGGCUUCGCGCGCCAGGGAGCCCUCCGCCAGAAGAACGUGUUCGAGGUGAAGGACCACAAAUUCAUCGCGCGCUUCUUCAAGCAGCCCACCUUCUGCAGCCACUGCACCGACUUCAUCUGGGGUUUUGGCAAGCAGGGAUUCCAGUGUCAAGUGUGUUGUUUCGUGGUCCACAAACGUUGCCAUGAGUUCGUCACUUUCUCCUGUCCAGGUGCUGAUAAAGGACCUGCAUCAGAUGACCCGAGGGCAAAGCACAAGUUUAAGAUCCACACCUACUCCAGCCCGACCUUCUGCGACCACUGUGGCUCUCUGCUCUACGGCCUCUUACACCAGGGCAUGAGAUGUGACCACUGUAUGAUGAACAUCCAUAAGCGAUGUGUGGCCAACGUGCCGAGCCUGUGUGGGACGGAUCACACUGAGAGGAGAGGUCGCCUCCAGAUCACCGCUGAGGUCAAGACUAACGUACUCACUGUUACCAUCAAAGAGGGCAGGAAUCUGGUUCCUAUGGACCCCAAUGGUCUGUCAGACCCCUACGUGAAGCUUAAGCUGAUCCCAGAUCCCCGCAGCGAGAGUAAACAGAAGACCAAGACCAUAAAGUGCUGCCUCAACCCCACCUGGAAUGAGACCUUUAAAUUCCACCUGAAGGAGUACGAUAAGGACCGCCGUCUGUCGGUGGAGAUUUGGGACUGGGACCUCACCAGCCGCAACGACUUCAUGGGAUCGCUGUCCUUCGGCAUCUCGGAGCUCCAGAAACUAGGAGUGGAUGGAUGGUUCAAGCUGCUCUCCCAGGAAGAGGGCGAGUACUUCAACGUUCCCGUUGCUCCGGAGGGGGAGGAGGGCAACGAAGAGCUACGGCAGAAAUUUGAGAGAGCUAAGAUCGGACCAGGCAAGAACCAAGAAGGCAAGGCGGCCAAUGCCGCGUCCCGUUUCGACUCCAACGGCAACCAAGAUCGCAUGAAGUUGGCUGACUUCAACUUCCUGAUGGUGCUGGGCAAGGGCAGCUUCGGCAAGGUGAUGCUCGCAGAGCGCAAAACAACGGAGGAGCUGUACGCCAUAAAGAUCCUGAAGAAGGACGUUGUGAUCCAGGAUGAUGACGUUGAAUGCACCAUGGUGGAGAAGAGAGUGCUAGCGUUGGCUGGAAAGCCCCCGUUCUUAACACAGCUGCACUCCACUUUCCAGAGCAUGGACCGUUUGUAUUUUGUCAUGGAGUACAUAAACGGAGGAGAUCUCAUGUAUCAGAUUCAGCAGGUCGGCAAGUUCAAAGAGCCCCAUGCUGUAUUCUAUUCUGCGGAGAUCGCCAUUGGUCUGUUCUUCCUACAUCUAAAGGGCAUCAUCUACAGAGAUCUGAAGCUGGACAAUGUGAUGCUGGACUGUGAGGGUCACAUCAAGAUAGCAGAUUUUGGCAUGUGUAAAGAAAACAUGAACGACGGAGUCACUACCAAGACCUUCUGUGGAACACCAGACUACAUAGCUCCUGAGAUCAUAGCCUACCAGCCUUAUGGAAAAUCUGUGGACUUUUGGGCCUUCGGAGUAUUGCUCUAUGAGAUGCUGGCUGGACAGCCUCCUUUUGACGGUGAAGAUGAGGAUGAGUUAUUUCAGUCCAUUAUGGAGCAUCACGUCUCCUAUCCCAAGUCAAUGUCCAAGGAGGCUGUCGCUAUCUGUAAAGGGCUGAUGACGAAGCAUCCAGCGAAGCGGCUGGGCUGUGCUCCGGAGGGGGAGAGAGACAUCAGGGAGCACAGCUUCUUCCGCUACAUGGACUGGGAGAAACUGGAGAACAAGGAAGUGCAGCCGCCAUUCAAACCUAGAGCCUGUGGACGGGAUGCAGAGAACUUUGACCGUUUUUUCACGCGCCACCCGCCGGUGCUGACCCCUCCCGAUGAGGAAGUGAUUCAGAACCUGGACCAGGACGAGUUCCAGGGAUUCUCCUUUAUCAACCCAGAGUUCCCAGGAAGCGCUCCUGCUACCACCCCUGCCGCCGAGCAGGCUUGAUUUCAGCUCAUGCACGCACACAAACACAUACAUUCUCAUUUUCCUCAGUAUCAGAACCUGUGUACCCUGGAACACACACACACACACACACACACACACACACACACACGCACACACACACACACACAUAUCAACUUUAAAUAUCAACUUUAAAUAUCCUGCAAAUGAUUUGUGCUGUUACAGGAACAAAGAAGCCAUGACUUAAACUGAUCCACAGACACACCCUAUACACAGUAACACAUUUACACAUAUUUGUUGUUCACACUGCUGCAACCUGGAUGAUGUGACGGCCUCUUAGGAGGGCCCAUGAGCAGUAUAAAAUGGCUGAAUGCACGUAGCUCUCGAGUGCUGCUCCGAAAGUACGAUUUAAACUGAGGAAUUGAAAUAAUUAGAUUGAACAAAUCCUGUAUUUUCCCAUGCUUCUUCAUGGUCAAAGUGUUACUACUUCGCAAGAUAUGAGUCCUCGGCCUCAUGCAGGAAGCAAUAUACGAACAAAUUUUCUCCUAUUUUUUGUUUGUGUCCACUAUUUGUUCUUAUUUUGUUAAUACCCAUUGAUUUCACCAGUGUUUUCUUAUUUUUGUUCUUAGGUAAGAGAACAUUUUACGAGAGCAGUCUUACCAAGAUAAGAAAAAACAUCUUGUUUUCACAAACAAAUUGUUUUUCCAUCGCAUGAAACAUAAAUUUGAGGAACAUUAAAAAAAUAUAUGAUAAUAAAAUUUAGAUUAUUAUCUGUCUUAGAGUAAUUAUAAUGAUUGGAUUAUUUAAUGUAUCUAUCUUAUCUUAUCUUAUCUAAGUUCCUACAGCAUUUCUUUCCCUCCAAUUCUUGGUCAUGUGCCAGAGUAUCUGCACACGGCACAGCACCUGCCCUAUAGUGUUUGGGGGGUGUUACCUAUACGAAUACCUGCCCUUAUAUAGUGUUUAAGGGAUGUUACCUAUGCUAAUAAUGAACAAUCGGCCACACACCUCCAAUUUACGAUCAAGUGGGAUUCAUUAUUCAGCACACCUGGAAAAUAGCAGAUCUGGAUGGUUAAGGACGUUUGGUGCAUCUGGAGUUGACUUUUCUUAUUUUUUUCUCUUAACAGUAAUUUAAGGGAAAAUGUAAGAGAAUGUUGCUGCAUGAGGCCCAGUGACUUUCUCCAAGCUUUGUUUCUGAUAAACAAGAAUCUUGGAAAUGUGAUUCACCACAAGCUUGUUGAAUCAACGUGUGUUGCUCACAGUGUGAACAUCACCUCAUCAGAAUUAAGGAUUAGAAAUAAAUAGAGGACCCUUAAAAAGUCCUUAAAAUCAAAACUUUACAUUGAGGGACAAAAAUAAUUCUUUACAACCUAACUACACAAUAUUGUCAAGUCAUGAUUCCCCCAGCCAGCACACACAAACACACAACAGCAUCAUUCACAUGUAACAUAGCUUCAGCAUCCAUUUUAUGACUUUUUUUGGUGGAAAAUUGUGAUUUAACUUUUUCUUUCACUCAUUCCUCGACUAUUCCAGCGCAUUCUGAGUUCGGCCUGUGCUUCUGGUGUGCUUUUUAUUCGACGUGUAAUAAUAAUAGUGUCUGUACGUUUAUCCUUAUCUUAGCGAAAAACUGGAAUGUUUAACAUACUUGUGCAUGAGUUUCUAUAUCAAUAACAGCCCUGGACUUUGUCUCCCAGCAGUAUUUUAGCAUCUUAUCUCUGCACUCCUCUGCUCUCACGGUUUUCUAAAUGUGUGUUUAAAAAAAGAUAUUUAGGUGUAUUGUACCCAUUGAGACGGUGGAAGAUUUGUGCCACAAAUAUCGGAUCAUGGUGUAAAAUGCUGCUGGGAAAUGUAGUCUUUAUAUAGGCUUUGAGUCAGUUAGAUAGAUAAUAAUACUUUGUAUACUCUCAGUUUCUGUUAUCUAGUAUAUAAGCAAUGAGAGAGACUAGCAGUUUCUUUGUGUUUUACAAAAGCAUGAUUCAGACACCUGGGCGUUUGUUUACAGCGUACAGUAUGUGUGUGUGUGUGUGUGCAUGUUUGUUUUCUAUGUGUGCGAACGAGUACUGUGUAUGAAAACGCGCAUUUGCGUUCGCAUUUUUGUAUGUGUGUCAAUAUCUGCCUUCCCAGCGCCUCGUCCGGCCUCGUGUUUACAUUUGUUAGUAUGGUGAAUGUCUGCACCCCCCCCCCCCCCCCCCCCCCCCCCCCCCAAAUCGAGCAGUAUUGGUAUGAUCCACUUGACUUCCAAUCAGCGGCUCCACAAGUGUGUCAGAAUAGAAAAAGGAU